GUUCCAAUGAUGGUAAAUUGAGGAACAUAUUGUAUUUCUUCUUAUGAUAUAGCUACAUGCAUGAAAUUGUAUGCAUGUAUCAAAUCAUAUAGCAGUGGUUUUCUUAACUCUUAGGAAAUAAAUCAAAUUAUACAAGUGUAGCUAGCAAUAUAAAUUGAAAGAAAUGGAUUCAUUGACAAACCAACCUUCAAAGAAAUCGCGAAAUGCUAGCGGCGAAAAACCAAGUAUAAAAUUUGCAAGAAGAACAUCUAGUGGGAGAUAUGUUAGUUUGUCAAAAGAAGACAUUGAAAUGUCUUCAGAUGUAUCAGGUGAUUAUAUGAAUUAUACUGUUCAUAUUCCUCCCACUCCUGAUAACCAACCAAUGGAUGGUACUUCUGUUGCAAUGAAAGCUGAAGAACAAUAUGUUUCCAAUUCUUUAUUUACCGGAGGAUUCAAUAGUGUAACAAGAGCUCAUCUAAUGGACAAGGUUAUUGAUUCUGAAGUAACUCAUCCUCAAAUGGCAGGGGCUAAAGGAUCUUCUUGUUCAAUUUGUGAUGGGAAGGUUAUGAGAGAUGAAAGAGGAAAAGAUGUCACUCCAUGUGAGUGUAGGUACAAGAUUUGUAGAGAUUGUUUUAUAGAUGCGCAGAAAGAAACCGGCACGUGUCCCGGAUGUAAGGAGCCAUUCAAAGUAGGAGAAUACGAGAACGAUGGCCAGGAUUAUUCAAAUGGAGCAUUGCAAUUACAAGGACCAAACGGUUCCAAAAGAAAUCAAAAUGGAGAAUUUGAUCACAAUAAAUGGUUGUUUGAGACCAAAGGUACCUAUGGAGUUGGCAAUGCUUAUUGGCCUCCAGAUGAUUCAGAUGAUGAGGCUGGUCUAAAUGAAGGAGUAUUUGAUGGUUCCGAGAAACCUUGGAAGCCUUUGUGUAGAAGAACACCAAUUCCAAAUGGCAUCAUAACUCCAUAUAGGGCUCUUAUUGCUAUUCGCUUGGUAGUGAUGUGCUUCUUUUUACAUUGGAGAGUGACCAAUCCAAAUGAAGAUGCAAUAUGGUUAUGGCUCAUGUCAAUUACUUGUGAGAUAUGGUUCGGCUUUUCAUGGAUACUUGACCAAAUUCCAAAGAUUUCACCGGUUAACCGUAGCACUGACCUUGCCGUCCUUUAUGAGAAAUUUGAUGCUCCAUCCCCAGAAAAUCCCACAGGGAGAUCUGAUCUGCCUGGUUGUGACCUCUUUGUGUCAACUGCUGAUCCUGAAAAGGAGCCGCCUCUUGUAACUGCCAAUACCAUUCUUUCCAUAUUAGCAGUUGAUUACCCUGUGGAGAAACUCGCUUGUUAUGUUUCAGAUGAUGGAGGAGCUCUCUUGAGUUUUGAAGCGAUGGCUGAGGCCGCAAGUUUUGCUGAUUUAUGGGUUCCCUUUUGUCGCAAACACAAUAUUGAGCCAAGGAAUCCUGAUUCUUACUUUGCGUUAAAAAUCGAUCCAACCAAGAACAAGAGUAAACUGGAUUUCGUGAAGGACAGAAGAAGGGUGAAAAGGGAGUACGAUGAGUUCAAAGUGCGCAUAAAUGGCCUUCCUGAUUCUAUUAGGAGAAGAUCUGAUGCAUUUAAUGCAAGAGAGGAAAUGAAGAUGAUGAAGCAUUUGAAGGAGACUGGGGCUGACCCUUUGGAGCCUGUUAAAGUAUUGAAGGCCACUUGGAUGGCUGAUGGCACCCAUUGGCCCGGCACUUGGGGUUCUUCUUCUAGCGAACAUGCUAAAGGUGACCAUGCCGGAAUACUUCAGGUGAUGUUGAAGCCGCCCAGCCCUGAUCCGUUAAUGGGAAGUGAAGACGACAAGAUCAUAGAUUUCUCUGAGGUAGAUACACGUUUGCCGAUGUUAGUAUAUGUAUCUCGAGAGAAGAGGCCAGGUUAUGAUCACAACAAGAAAGCUGGUGCCAUGAAUGCACUAGUUCGAGCAUCUGCAAUCUUGUCAAAUGGACCAUUCAUUCUCAAUCUUGAUUGUGAUCACUAUAUCUAUAAUUGUAAGGCAGUACGUGAAGGUAUGUGCUUCAUGCUGGACAAAGGUGGCGAAGACAUAUGCUAUAUUCAGUUCCCCCAAAGAUUUGAAGGUAUUGAUCCCUCGGAUCGCUAUGCCAAUCACAACACUGUAUUCUUUGACGGAAACAUGAGAGCCCUCGAUGGUCUUCAAGGUCCAUUUUAUGUGGGAACCGGAUGCAUGUUUAGGCGGUUUGCAUUGUAUGGAUUUGACCCUCCCUCAGGUGAUUGGGACACAAAAGAUCCUAAACAUGAAUGUACGGAUGAAGUCUGUGAAACUACACCGGCCUUGAAUGCCAGUGAGUUUGAUCAAGAUUUAGAUUCAAACUUGUUGCCCAAGCGAUUUGGUAAUUCAUCCAUGUUGGCUGAUAGCAUACCAGUCGCUGAGUUCCAAGGUCGCCCUCUUGCAGAUCAUCCUAACGUCAGGUAUGGACGUCCAGGAGGUGUUCUUAGGAAACCUCGUGAACCACUCGAUGCUCCUACAGUAGCAGAAUCUGUGUCUGUCAUUUCUUGUUGGUAUGAAGACAAGACAGAAUGGGGAGAAAGAGUGGGAUGGAUUUAUGGGUCAGUGACAGAGGAUGUGGUUACAGGGUACCGCAUGCACAAUCGUGGAUGGCGUUCUGUAUAUUGUGUAACCAAGCGAGAUGCAUUUCGUGGAUCUGCACCAAUUAAUCUUACUGAUCGACUACACCAGGUGCUAAGAUGGGCCACAGGUUCUGUUGAGAUUUUCUUCUCCAAGAACAAUGCAUUCCUCGCUAGUAAGCGCCUAAAACUUUUACAACGUCUCGCUUACCUCAAUGUUGGUGUCUACCCCUUCACCUCCAUCCUCCUCAUUGUGUAUUGCUUCCUCCCAGCACUCUCAUUGUUUUCCGGAUAUUUUAUUGUGCAAACCCUAAGUAUCGCCUUUUUAAUCUACUUGCUCACCAUGACCGUGUGCUUGGUGGGGCUUGCCAUUCUUGAGGUUAAAUGGUCUGGCAUAGAGUUAGAGCAGUGGUGGAGGAAUGAACAAUUUUGGCUCAUAUCCGGCACUAGUGCUCAUCUGGCUGCUGUCAUACAAGGACUCCUUAAAGUGAUUGCUGGAAUUGAGAUUUCUUUUACUUUGACAUCUAAAUCAGGAGGAGAGGAUGACGAUGACAUUUUCGCAGAUUUGUAUAUAGUCAAAUGGAGCUCCCUAAUGAUUCCACCAAUUGUUAUCGCAAUGGUAAAUGUGAUUGCCAUUGUGGUUGCAUUUUCUAGAACCAUUUAUAGCGCGAAUCCACAAUGGAGUAAGUUUAUAGGAGGAGCAUUCUUUAGCUUUUGGGUUCUUGCACAUUUGUAUCCAUUUGCAAAAGGAUUGAUGGGAAGGAGAGGGAAGACUCCCACCAUUGUAUUUGUGUGGUCAGGUCUCAUUGCAAUCAUCCUUUCUUUGCUUUGGGUUUCCAUUAGCCCACCCAAGGCUACUGAUGGAGAAGCUAGUGGUGGAGAUUUCCAAUUUCCAUAAAUUGCUAAUGCUUGCUUAUGGAUUUGAUGCCUUGGUGAUUUCUUCGUGAUAUAUGUAUUUUUGCAUGUAACAAUGUUAGUAAUGUAUCUAUGUUAAGUCUAGCUCCAGAUACUUGAUGUGUCUUUGGUUACAUAUUAUAGGACUAAUUAAGUAAAUUUCUUUUCUGUUGAUUGUUGAUAAUGAUGUAGGCUUGAUUGGAAAAACAACAUGGAAGUAAA